CGAAAUCAAAAUGGCGUCUUUUACGGGCUAGCGCUUAUCCGCCGCAUACUGAAUACCGUUUCCUAAAAUCGUGGGUGUAACUAUUUGUUAGUGAUUAUAACAAUUUGUGAACGACUAUUUAGUGUUGAAGUGUAUUUUUUUUCACUACGGACUCAUUGGAUAUUGUUUGGACACAUCAUAACGAGCUCCAUCAAAGAUAUGCGAAGAGUACAAGUGGAGGUCUGACACGAUGUGUAAGGACGGAUGAGGCGCCGGCGCGCGCUCACGCGACGCGCAACCAAUCAACAUGUCGUUCUUUAAUAAUCUUAAGAAGGUGCUGCACCUAGGCAGCGGUAACGAUGCGAAGAAAAAGAAGGUAUUUAACAACAUCCGCGACAACAGCGACCCCUCGGAGAACUGGGACAUGGUCGGCGAGCUUGGCGAUGGAGCGUUUGGCAAGGUAUACAAAGCGCAGCACAAGACGACGGGCCAGCUGGCCGCCGCGAAGAUGUGCGUCCUGGACAAUGAAGACGACCUGGCGGACUUCACAGUGGAGAUAGACAUCCUGUCCGAGUGCCGGCAUCCCAACGUGGUGGAACUGCACGAGGCGUACUUUAUCGACAACAAGUUAUGGAUGCUACUAGAAUACUGCGACGGUGGUGCCCUAGAUUCUGUGAUGGCGGAACUGGAGAAAGGUCUGAACGAGAUCCAGAUAGCGUACGUGUGCAGAGAGAUGUGCAAGGGACUGCAGUUCUUGCAUUCGAGGAGAGUUAUACACAGGGACCUUAAGGCCGGCAACGUCCUGGCUACUAUGACCGGCGGUGUUAAGUUGGCGGAUUUCGGCGUAUCAGCGAAGAACAAGUCGACGCUGCAGAAACAUGACACGUUCAUCGGCACGCCGUACUGGAUGGCGCCCGAAGUUGUGUUGUGUGAGACUUUCAGAGAUCAUCCUUAUGAUUUUAAGGUGGACAUCUGGUCAUUAGGCAUCACUUUAAUAGAGUUUGCCCAAAUGGAGCCCCCGAACCACGAGAUGACGCCCAUGCGGGUGCUGCUGAAGAUCCAGAAGAGCGAGCCCCCCACCCUGGACCAGCCCUCCAAGUGGAGCAAAUCGUUCAACGAUUUCAUAUCUAAAGCGCUUGUUAAGGACCCAGAGAAGAGGCCGACAGCGGUAGAGCUGCUGAAACAUGAGUUUGUCAACGGCAAGCUUGACGCGAAGCCUCUGAGGGACCUGCUCUUGGAGUACAGAGCUGAGGUCGUCGAGGAGGAGGUGCUCGACGAUGAUUCAGAGGAGCCGCGCAGCUCGCAUAUACCUAUGGAGGAAGAUGACUCUACCUCCGUCCGCUCAGCCGACACGCCGGACGUCAAGAUGUCGGAAGAGCCCACAGCGGGUACGACCCCGGUGGGCACGGCGCGGCGCGCGCCCCCAUCCCCGGCCGCGCCCCCGUCGCCCGCGCCCGCGCCCCCCGCCCCCGCCGCCGCGCCCUCGCCCCCCGCCCCCGCGGCCGCGCCCCCCGCCACCAAGCGUCCACACGAAGACGAACACCCGCCUGCUGACAGGAAACCACCCGCACCAAAAAAAGAGAAAGGCCCGGCCCCCUUACCCCCUUCAUCGACAUCGACAUCAACCCCCCCUACCCCUACGAGCGCCGCUCCCCCCACCGCCACGACUCCCGCCCGCAAGCAGCCCGCGCCGCCCCCUCCAGUGCCACCGCCUACUACAGCUCGGCAAGCGUCCCCCUCGCCGUCCCGCACCCCGUCCCCCACUCCCCCUCAGACUCCCUCGUCGUCCCCCGCAAGAGAGGAAGUCGUGGAUACCGCUACUACUGGCAAGCUGAUUGUAGACCAGGUAUGCAGAGACGCAGAAAAAGCAGUAGCAGAGAACAAGAAAACCGAAGCAAUAGCCAAGCACGAACCAAAACUGUCCGAAACGGACAAACAAACCGACAUACAAACAAAACAGAACAACGUAGAAGAUAACAAAGUCAAAACAGAGAUAGAGAGUGACAAAAGAGAGUCGGAGUCAGAAAAAAGAGAGUCGGAUAAAAGAGAGAUAGAAAAGAGAGAGUCGAUAGAGAAGACUGGUGUAGAAGUAAAUAGAGUGAGCGCAGAAGUUAGUAGGUUAGAGAAGAUUGAGAAGAGUUUCUCACGGUCCGGUUCUACGGAUGAUGAGGAUAAGAGAAGAGAGGGUGAUAGGAGAUCGCAGCAUAAUGCUGUGGAGAUUAGGCCUGUUACGCCCCCACAACCCAAAGAUUCACCAUCGAAGCAGCCGAAGCCGACGGUAGUUGUCCAGCCGGUGACGCCGGUGGUGGUGGCCGUGAAGGACAGCGUGGUGGUGGUGGAGCCCAACAGCCUGGCCGCCACGCCCGCCGGCCUCGUCACCGUCACCACCACACACCCGCCCGUACUCAGCACCGCCGCCACGCUCCCACCAAACGCGGUGACGAUAUCGACGACGCCGCCGAUCGCGGACGAGGUGGUCAUCGUCGGCGCCGGCUCCUCCUCGGACGAUGACUGCUUCGCGCCGUCCUCGCUCGACUCAUUGGACUGCACGCAUUAUAGCGAAAAAACCCGCGGCCGUCGCCUGGACAGCAGCGAGGUGCUGAUCCUCAGCCCCACGGCGGCCGCCACCGACUCUGGAGUCUUCGACGACAGCGUCACCAAUGGACUGCAUCUGGACACAUCCCACGUAUCAGUAGUGACGGUGGGCAACGAAGAGAUCCGGGUUCGAGACUCGGCCGCGACACACAUCGCGCUCGGCUCUGUCAGUACUCGGCUCAGUCCAGAUAGCUUUGAGAGCCGCUCCCAGUCGGACAGCGGCUCGGUAUCGUCCGGUUCCCGCGCGGCGCGCGACGCCGACUCGCUGUCCGCCGCCACGCCCACCAGCAACUCGCACGACGACCAUCUGCAUCUCGCGCAUCUCGCCACCGAUCUUAACGGGGGGAACAGAGUAAACGCGGACCCCCAGAACCUGGACAACGGCACGGAAGAACCAGUAGUCCUGAGACGGAAGCAGACGGACGGGCAGCCCGGCAGGAUGCAGCGCUCCAAGGAGGACAUACACAUGGCCAACCUCAAGAAGAAGACCAGAAAGCGCACCAGGAAGUUCGAGAUCGACGGUGUUAUUGUCACUACUACUACUUCUAAGGUGAUAUGGGGCGACGAAGAGAGCGGGCGCACGUGGGACGACCACGCGCUUCGGAAGCAGGAGCUGCGCGAGAUCAAGAUGCUGCAGAAGCAGGAGCAGAAGCAGUUCCAAGACCUCAACGCCAAAGAGACACAGCUUAGGGAACAGCAGGAUAAGAGGUUCGAAGCGGAGCUAGUAGCUCUAGGCAGGGCUCACGAGGCGGACCUAGAAGCCCUAGCGCGGGCGCAGCGCGGGGCGGCGGAGCGCGCGGACGCGGCGCUGGAGGCCGAGCUGCGGCACGCCGCCAAGCGCCUGCGGGCCGACCACGAGCGGGACCUGCGCCACUUCCGCGACACGCUCAAGCAGGAGCUGAGGCUGCUCAAGCAGGAGGUCGAGCUUGUUGCCAAGGAGAGGCGGAAGGAAGCCUACCGCACGCGUCGCGCCCGCCUAGACGCGGAACACGCGGAACGCGAGCGUGCCUUCGUGGCGUCGCUCGCAGACGGCGCAGACACUGUACUCCGCCGCAUACACGACGCGCACCGCGACCGACAGGCGCUGGCUGAUAGACAGUACCUGCAGCAGAGGCAUCAGAUAAUGCGAACCCGCGAAGCAGCUCUAUGGGAGCUUGAAGAGAAGCAGAUCCACGAACGUCACCAGCUGGCCAAGCGGCAGCUCAAGGACGAGUUCCUGCUGCGAAGGCAUCAGAUGCUCGUCCGACAUGACAAGGAGCUCGAGCAGAUCAAGAGGAAAAACACCCGCAAAGAAGAGGAACUGGCGAAGGUGCAGGCGUUGGAGAAGCGAUCCUUACCCAAGAGGAUCCGGGCCGAGCAGAAGGCGAGAGAGAUGAUGUUCCGCGAGUCGCUGCGGAUCAGCGCCGUCAACGCGCCCUCGCACGAGGACGAGAGGGAGAGGCUGAAGAAGUUCCAAGAGAAUGAGAAACGCAGAUACCGCGCGGAACAACAGCGCCUCGCGACCAAACAUGCCAAAGCCAGGGAGGAACUCAAGGCGGCCGGAGAGGCGUUACUCCGAGAGCUGGAACAGUACCAGAACGAGAAACGCAAGGCUCUAAUGAACCACGAGAGCAACAAGAUGAAGGCGGUCGAGGAGCGAUACUCCCAAGAGCUGAAGGAGUGGCGCGCCACCCUCGGAGAUAGGAAGCUGGCCCUAGAAGACGAAUUCACAGUUCAGCUAGAAGAACAAGAAAGGCAGGCGGCCACAUCCCGUAUGCCACCACCUUCCACCACCAUGCCUCAGCACAGCUCGACUCUCCAUUCCUCGCGAACCAGCUUAGCAUCAAGCCAUUACGACUAGAAAACGGACCAAAAAAUACAAAAACUACUCAGGUUUGACAACAGAUGGCGUUGUUACAAAAAAUCUUCUAACUAUCAAGGUUUGACGAUAGAUGGCGUUGUGUUCAAAUAUCAAUGUUAGCUUACGGUUGUUAUUAAUAGAUGGCGUUGUAAGACUGAUGGUAUUUUAAACGAUUUUGGGCCUGUUUCUCUGUGCAAUGUGGAACUUAAAUUGUAAUGAACUAUCUGUGACUUAAGUGUUAUCGGGUACUUAUAUGAAGAUGGGUAAACAGGCUCUUACUGGAGUUGAUAUAAGAAAUAUGAUGAAUUUAUAAAAUCUGCUCUGUUUCGGAGUUGCUCGGCGAAAAAGACUUCUAUGUGUAUAUGUAAUAGGGUUGUUUAUUGAAAUACUGAAGUCGUGGUUAUCAAUGGAAAGUUAUUGGUUCUGACGCUUAAAAUCUUAAAUUAUGAAUAUGAACUACUUAAAAUAUAUUACUUGAAAUGAAUAUAAAAAAUGAGCUAAACAAUUAAUUAUUAAAAUUGUCUUACCGCCGUACUCAGUAUUUUAAUGGUUACUUAACCCAGUCCUUAGCAAUUGUUUUCGAACAAAAUCGUUACUAAGGAAUAGUUUAAGUAAUCAUUAAAUGUCUCUGAGUACGGUAGUGAAUUGUCUACUUAAAAUAAAUAAGCAAAACCUUUGCAGUAACAAGCAACAUUGAUCUCUAUGACAUUCAAAAAUAAGAUUAAAAUUGCUGCAACAAUAUUUUCUUAUGUGAACAGAAUAGAGAUCAUAAUUGCUUGCAUCAACUGUAUCAUUAAAACCAAAAUAUACUAACUUAAAAUUGAAUUAUCGACUUUAUAUCUCAAAGUAUAAGGUAUAAAAUUGCUUGAAAAGCUUGGGGUGCUAUCGUCUCUACAUAUGGGAAAAAAUGGGUGACUAUGAAUUCCAAUAUGGCGUUGAAAGCGGGCAUUUUGAUUCUUAUUUCAUUAACCGCCUUACUCAAGAAUCGUUUAAUAAUUACUUAACCCAGUCCUCAGCAAUUGUUUUUGGAACAAAAUCGUUACUAAGGAAUAGUUUAAGUAAUCAUUAAAUGUCUCUGAGUACGGUGGUUAAUGUAGAAUAGGGCUCUUUAAAUUAAAUAUAAAAAUACUUAUAAAAGAAAAUUUUGGAUGUCAUUUUUAGGUGAAAAAUUCGUCUAGUUAUAUUAUUAAAAAACGCGAUAGGAAUUUGAAAUAUUAAAAUUGAUUUUAUUGUAACUUUCGUGAGACAUACUAAAUUAAUUAUAAUGUUAUCAGCUUACUCACGUAACUGUUUGACGAGGAACUCGACUAGUUUCAAGCCAUGCUAGAGGUUUCAGUCACCAGUAGCAGCGCGACAGUCGCCGCAUCGUGUGUCGCGGAAUGCUGCUCAUGAAUAUGAGCCUCUAGCAUGGCUUGAAACUAGUCGAGUUCCUCGUCAAACAGUUACGUGAGUAAGCCGAUAAUAUAAUAACUAAUUAAAAAUUGAUACUCGAUUGAAAAACGUUGUGAUCCUGGCUUGUAUUACUUAUAAGAUUUUGAACUUAAACCUUUUGAGAAUAAGGUCUUUUAUGUGAAAAUUGGGUGUCAAUCUUGCAAUUUUAGACCAAUGCCAGUUUUUGCCAACCUCUUUGACUGCAAUACUCAGAGAAAUUUAAUGAUUACUUAAACUAUAAAUGAAAGAGGUAUGUAAGAUUCGUAGCAAGAUACCUCACAGAAAACCGACGUGAAACAACGCUUGCGUUGUGUGACUGAGGUUACCGGAGGCCCAAUUACGCCCCUUCCCAAUCCCCAAACAACCUUUAAAUUCCUAACCCCCAAAAGGCCGGCAACGCACUUGUAACGCCUCUAGUGUUUCAAGUGUCCAUGGGCAGCGGCGAUUGCUUAUUAGUGACCCGUAUGCUCGUUUACCGGCUUAUUCUAUUAAAAAAAGUAAUUGGCGUUCUAUUGUCUCUGUCUAUCCCUCUGGGAGAUAGGCGAGGGGUUAAUGAUUUUUUGUAUGUAGUCUUUAGCAACGAUUUUGUUCCAAAAACAAUUGCUAAGGACUGGGUUAAGUAAACAUUAAAUGAAUCUAAGUAGUUUUAAAGAACCAACUAAGCUACUAUAGGUGACAUAUAACAGCAUUUGUGAUUCUAAAAAUUGGUACAGGUACACGCUAAGUAACUCCUAGCUAAGUGUCUGUUUAGGGUUGGUGAAAACGGCUAAAGUGUUAGGUAGGAAGUUUUAUAUAAAAAGGCAUAUCGAUUUGUAUAUAAGAAUGAAGGAAUUGAACUAUAUAAGGUGCUUUUGUGGUUUGCUAGCAAAUGAGUGUAGAGUGAGUAAUUGGAAAUUAAUUGAAAAUGUUUCAAAAAACCGAUUUUAAGCUUUAUUUUUUGAGGUAUAGAGGUGAUUAUUGAUAUCUGGGUAGAUUUGUUUAGCAAAGGACUGUACGCAGUUGUAACUACUGCGCGUAGCAAGCUGUGUGACAUGUAGCGCGCUAGGGGAGUGCUGAGAGAGUGACAGACUGUACACAGCUGUAACUACUGCGCGUAGCAAGCUGUGUGACAUGUAGCACGCUAUGGGAGUGCUGAGAGAGUGACAGACUGUACACAGCUGUAACUACUGCGCGUAGCAAGCUGUGUGACAUGUAGCACGCUAGGGGAGUGCUGAGAGAGUGACAGACUGUACACAGCUGUAACUACUGCGCGUAGCAAGCUGUGUGACAUGUAGCGCGCUAGGGGAGUGCUGAGAGAGUGACAGACUGUACACAGCUGUAACUACUGCGCGUAGCAAGCUGUGUGACAUGUAGCGCGCUAGGGGAGUGCUGGGAGAGUGACAGACUGUACACAGCUGUAACUACUGCACGUAGCAAGCUGUGUGACAUGUAGCGCGCUAGGGGAGUGUAGGGGAGUGCUGAGUGAAUAUUCACCUUCUUUUAAUAAAGCAUGAAGUCGUUUUUUGAAAACACUAA